AUGAAUGAAACGGAGAUCGACACGACGAGCCUUUUACAAAAAGUUGCUCAAUAUGCGUUAGAGCUAGUUUUACUACCAGACGGUGAACAGCCAUGGCCCUUAAAAUUGUCUCUAAUCCUUAUCGGUUAUUCAACGAUAAUCAUUCCCUGCUGGCUAUUGCUCUAUUUUCUUCGAAAGCGUUUCAAUGGCGAAAAGACGGAGAUCCCUGAGGAAUGGUAUUGGAGAUUGGGAAGAAAUUUCGCGAUCGGACGACCCGAAGCCGCUCUUCCGAAAAGACAAUCAUCAACCGAUAGUGCACAAGAAAUCAUCCCACAAUCGCAACAAGAAAAAAAUGAGAGGAAAAAGAUGCUCAAGGAGAUUUUCUAUUUUGUGCAUUAUUUCACCGGGAUACAGUUGACACUGGUUGCGAUGGGCUUUCUACAAGAACGUGUGAUCACAAGAGGAUAUCCAAGGGAUAUCCCAUUAGGUGGAAAUGAGAGUGACGUCAUUAUUGAUCGGUUCGGUGACAGUCAAUAUCUUCUUUUAUGGAAUCGAAUCGUUGCACUGCUAGUAGCAAUGGUGGUGAUUCUUUGGAACAUUCGGAGUCAACCCGAUCACGUGCCACCCUAUUACAAGCACGGUUACACCUCAAUCGCCAACACGAUCUCUUCUUGGUGUCAAUAUGAAGCGCUCAAAUAUGUCUCUUUUCCUACGCAGAUGAUUUUCAAAUGCUCUAAAAUCGUGGUCACAAUGAUUAUGGGAACAAUCGUGAGAAGGACAAGAUACUCAAUUUUCGAAUACGUUUGUGGUGGAUUGAUAGCCGUUGGAGCAUCGCUUUUCCUUGUGUCGAGCUCCGAUUCGGGAGUCGGCGGGAAAGCGACAUCGAUCUCUGGCAUUAUUCUUAUGAUCGGCUACAUUUUUGUCGAUGCGUUUACGACGAACUGGCAGAAGAAGCUUUUCGAUACGAAGCCGAGAGUCAGCAAGUAUCAGAUGAUGAUCGGUGUGAAUUGUUUCUCGACGAUUCUUUGCUUUGUCUCACUCCUCGAGCAGGGUACCCUUUUCAUUUCGACUCGCUACGCACUCACACAUAAAGAUUUAUCAGGUAACAACUCAAUAAAGCCACAACGAGACGUCUUUUUGCUGUCGAUCUCGGGUGCUUUUGGUCAGUUGUACAUUUAUGCGACAAUUGCUCACUUUGGACCGAUCUGUUUCGCGAUCAUGUUAACUGUUAGACAGAUUGGCUCAAUCAUUCUCUCGUCGAUCUAUUACGGUCAUCCGCUUACAAUUUAUGCCUGCAUCGGCUUGUGCGUCGUUUUUGGCGCCAUGUUUGCUGAUAUUUAUCGAAGAUAUCGUAUCCGGCAACGAAACUUGAAGAAGAAGAAAACGGUGAGAAGCAACUCGACGGACACCUCAGCCUCGACCACCUCGACCACUUCAGUCACUUCAGAUGACGUAGCCGUCUCUUCUCCAAUUCACUCACAACCAUCCACUCCAGAACCUCAACAAAAUAAGCUU